GUAUCGCGAUCGAUACAGGUGCAUUGCGCGAUGUGGCUUGUGCGCGUUCUUAGCCGUCGACGUCUCCCUCUCUCUCUCUCUCUCUUUCGCGGACGUAAACAUAACAUAACCUAACUUGAUCCUAACCUUGCCUCGCGCCGCGUCACAGUACGUCGUUUCGAACUCGCGUCUCGAGUUGUUUGGAUCUGGUUCAUAACGAGCCUCUCUUUGCCACACGAAUUCAAUGUCGUAGUCGUAGUACGCGGGCAACAAAGAAAGAAAAACGCGCUGUACAGAGGUUAGCAGCGAACUUUGUUCCGGUCACAAACGCGUUUCCGUCGUCUCGUCAAUGUACGCUGACUGCGUAGAAACACGUCGUAGGUGUGCAUUGUAAAUACUGUUAGACGUUAAACUAGGCCUCUCUAUACCAGGGAGCUGUAUUUUUUGACGCACCCCUCAACAUGGAUGAGGAGGAAUGUUUUCAGCCAAUCUUGAGUUCCCAGGAAGAGGACAAUUUCCAGCCGUUGAAUACUGCGCCAAUUGCAUCGAUCUCACUUUUCCUUGGAGUCUCCUUGGGGAUCACUGGGAUUGUCUUUGUGUCUGUUUGGCCAGAGGAGAGGAACAAAUGUGACACAUAUUUUAUAUAUCUGUACCUUCACUGCAUCUACUGGCUCAUAGUAUUGGUGGCAGAUCACGCUAUCAAGACCAGACACCACAAAUUGCGUAUUAACGGUUAUUUAGAUUUUUAUCAAGCGACAUAUCAACAAGUGAGGACGCCUUUGUUUAUCACGUCAUUGUGGAACGCCUGCUACUUGCUUCUAGCCGUGAUUCUACACCAUACACACAAAGUCGACUAUGAGCAGUAUUGUAGAAAAUCGGAGUGGCUCACACCACUUAACUACAUCCUUCUGCUGUCCACUGUGGAACUCAUGAUAAUCGUGCCAGUUUACCUUAAUUACAUCAAGAGAGUUAUGAGAUUUAAUCGAUUACGUCCACCGGCCGACGUCACUCGCGAGGAAUGGCUAUCGUCCUUCACUCGAGACUCCUACGCCGGAGGCGGCGAGAUCGGUUAUCAUCCAAGAGGAUCGAAUUUGGAGGAACUGUUGGAAAAGCAGGCGGAUUUGAUAAGAUACCUGAGGGAUCAUAAUGUUCAGUUAAGUCACAGAAUAAUGCUGCUGGUAUCUCAGCGCAGAGAGACUGAAGUAAUAAACUGAUCCGUGAAGUAAUAAAUACUAAUACUACAUAUCCUUCUUACAAAGUAUAACAUACAGUUGAAUUAAUCUUCAUCUUGGUCGAAGCUUUGCCAACAUUUUCGUUCUUCAGCCGUCAUCCACGCGACACAUUUAGCUCGAACGAAAUUCUAUUUCAAAUAAUUUUAUGCAGAUUACACAAACAUCCAUAAUUAAUAUAUAUAUAUUAAUUUAUUAAUAAUAUUAAUAUAUAAUAAUUUUAUAUCAAAUAUUGUUUUAACUAUUACAUAAUAUUGUAUUAUUUGAUAUGGAAUUUUAUAAUAAUUUUAUAUCAAAUAUCAUUUCAACUGUUACACCGAUACUUGACCCUCGCGAUGCUAACAAGUUAGCGCCCAGAUGUAGAUGCCAUUCGGCGUAGACCAGUGUUCGAAAUGUUUGCGUUUUCUCAUUCUGUAUAUUUCAGCAAUUAUUUUCCCGUUGGCGUUGCCUCGUAGCUCAGUUGUACAUUUCCAUUUAUUGUGUCGUGUCGCGUCGCGUCAUAUCCCAUUAUAAGUCUUCAUCUGCUUUCUCAUCAAAGCUGCUGCUUUGUUUUUAGGAUAAUUUACCUAUCUGUAGACGUUAUCUCCUGUAAAAAUGUUAGAUUCGACAAGUUACCGAUGCGACUGGUAUUGCGUAAGAGCUACCGUGUAACACGGAUCGCCCGCGCAAUUGCGAUCGAUCAACGAAAUGCCAAAUAUAAUAUUCUUUUAAAAAGAGUGUGGACACGCGUUUGUUAACAUUGUCGCGUUGAUCUUGCGUGCUUGAGGGAAAAUCAAAAGUGUUUACUGUGAUAGAAAAUGUAAUUGUAUGCUCAUUGUCAACUCAAUAAAAUAUAUGUAUAUUUUUUUCCAGUA